AAAUUCUGGUUGAUACCGGAAGAUCAGGUCUUAACAAUUCUCUGUUGUGAAAGUUCCAUAAUAGGGCAGAAUACCACAAACAGUCAAUAUUUGAAUCUGCCAUCGUGUAAACUCUAUCCCAUUUAGUUGGUUUCUUUGGUUUAUAGGCAAUAAAUGAUCCGACCUUUGAAUUUGAUAAUAGAUUCAUCCACACAAAUCUGUUCUCCCAAUAUAAAAUAAUUCAAAAAUUUUGAAUUUAUGUAAUCGAGGAAGCAACUUACUAGCUGCAAAUUUGUUCUUGGAUUUAUAUGUUGUACCGAAAUUGUUUCAUCGAUUCAUGUUUGAAUCAAAUGAAGCAUCCAAAAAAUCUGACUGAAUCUGUCUCUCGUGAAUGUGUUUGAAUGAAAAGAAAUGUAGCUAACAUUAUUCCUUGACCAGUACUCUUGUAAGUUUACCAACGGCAUAAUUCCCAUAUUUAUUAUUACUCCAAUAAAAACUUAGAAUUCUUCAAUGGUCAUAUAAUGCCAAGUUCACCAUAUCAAACAUGAUGGUACUUUUCCUUCUAACUUUUUUGUAGCAUAAUUAUUUGUUUCACAUAUUAUUUCAUUAAUCGGUGAAAAACAGCUGAAAGCAAUCUAGAAAUCUUCCGAUUCUGUGCCUUUCUGAAUUUUUUGUGUCUCCUGCGAGCCACUAUCACUCUUGAUUCAUUGUCUAUCAUUCUUAUUUUUAGCCUUUUUACACUUCUUACUUCAUCUCUGUCUUCAUCACUACUUUCCUUCUCUCUAUCGUCAAUUACUUUAUGUAUAGAAGUAAUUUCAUCAUUUACCAACGACAAAUCAAAUUCAUUUUCACUUGAAUUGAUUUCAUUACUACAUUCCAGGGUUAGCUUACAGGGCUCAAAAACUUUGAAAAUAAUAUUCCUAUAAUAAUGGAAGAUGGUCCAAUUUGAAAUAAAAAAAUCUUAUAGCCAUUUGAAAGUGUAUCAUUUUACACUUCGUAAGAUUAUACGUAAAGAGUUUAGGAACCCAAUCAUGAAGCGACAUAAAGAAAUCAAACAUAAAUAAACAUUGUCGCCAUUCGAGAUACCAUAUCAAUCCAAGUGGUGCCUGAGAGUCACGAGAGUCUCGAGUGCAAAGGGUUAAUAAUCUUAAAAUUUUAAUUUACUCUAUGUUAAAAAAAGCCAUGAUAAAUCCGUAAAACAUGGAUCUUUAUGAUAUGUAAUAGAAUGCUUUUGGUUAGUUUCGAUAUUGAAUGUUUGACAACACACUGUUGGAUUUUAAAAAUCCAUGCGUUUUUAGCGCAUUCACUACUCAACUUUGAUAAACUUCGAUCGUUUUACUCGACGUAAUUCCCCAAACUCAUCGUUUGAGCGUAGCGUUAUGCGCUAAAAAAAAGCAGUGAUUCUUUACAGAGCAUGGGACACAAAAUCCCAUAAGAUGCGAGGGAUCUAUUCAUACACGUAUCUCGUCUGUGCUGAACAACGUUUGAGACACUCUCUGUACACCGGAACCAUUCUCUCAGAAAUGCCGCGCCGCCAUCUGUCGGGAUGCUACAAAAUCUGGCGUUUAUCUUACGUUUAACCGAUAAAAAUUUCGAGAGCGAUCGGCACGAAGGACCGAAUCGCGAGAGAGGCGAUCUCCACCGUGUUGCCGAGCAGAGAAGUGAAAAAAAAAGCUCGUCGGGAUUCCCCAAUCUUGCGGUCCUCGGAUUCUCUUCGGGACGCACUUGGUGAUCAGCUGAUGACGUAACGCACGGCGAGCGUAAGAGAGAAAUUCGUUGUGUGGCCGUGUCGGUGUUGGUGGGCGCGAGACUUGCGCGAGACGAAGUAUGGCGUAGGAUUCCCACUUUCAUUGAGCAGUGUUCGAGAGCCCCUACUUCGCGCUACCUCGGUAGUUUUUUCCCUCUCGUUUCCCUGUUUUAGUUUCGCUAACGGUAAAUCAACGGCAGCGUUCAGUGGCGUGCGCGUGCCACGUUGUUUCGUCGCUGGUGAGAUCAGAAAAAAAGGAAGAACUCUCUGUGUGUGCGCCCCUCUGCUACAGGAGUUGAGAAGCCCAGGACCUUCGCUGUUUCCUCCGGCUGUAACAAGCACGAGAACGGACGCACAUCGCGGGUAUAUCGGUGCAAGAUGAGCGUCGACGCGUACGGGCCCAGCAGCCAGACUCUGACGUUCCUCGACACCGAGGAGGCGGACCUGAUCGGUGCGGACACGCAGGGCAGCGAGUUCGACUUCACCGACUUUACGUUGCCCUCGCCGAGCCAGACGCAGGCAUCGCAGCACGAUGCAGCCCAAAGUCAACCUAGCCAGCCUGUGCAGGUUAACGGAACAAGCGGUAGUUCAUCUCUGGACUUGAAGAUAUCUGGUGCUGCGCAGAGUCUUGCGGAAUUACAGUUUGAAGAAGAGGAAGAAGAGGCAUAUUACAAUCGCGACUUGCCGGAGCAUGCAUGUAAAUAUUGUGGCAUUCAUGAAGCGUCUUGCGUUGUUAUGUGCAAUGUCUGCCGCAAGUGGUUUUGCAAUGGACGUGGAAAUACAUCUGGUUCUCAUAUUAUCAAUCAUCUUGUCAGAGCCAAACACAAGGAAGUUACUUUACAUAGAGAUGGGCCUUUGGGAGAGACGGUCCUCGAGUGUUAUUCUUGCGCCGUUAGGAAUGUUUUUGUUCUUGGUUUCAUUCCUGCGAAAGCAGACUCCGUUGUUGUGUUACUUUGUCGCCAACCGUGCGCGGCUCAAAGUUCGUUGAAGGACAUGAACUGGGAUCAAGAACAGUGGAAACCAUUGAUAGAGGAUCGGUCCUUUUUAGCUUGGUUAGUAAAAAUCCCAUCAGAGCAAGAACAGCUGCGUGCCAGACAGAUUUCGGCCCAACAGAUCAACAAGCUGGAAGAAUUGUGGCGGGACAAUGUCGAUGCAACCUUUCAGGAUCUUGAGAAGCCCGGUGUAGACGAAGAACCGCAACAGGUACUCUUACGGUACGAGGACGGAUACCAAUACCAGAAUAUAUUCGGCCCUCUCGUGAAAUUAGAAGCCGAUUAUGACAAGCGUUUGAAGGAAUCUCAAACGCAAGAGAACAUCGAGGUGCGCUGGGACGUUGGAUUAAACAAAAAGACAAUCGCUUAUUUCAUGCUGGCGAAAACAGACGGCGACAUGAAACUGAUGCACGGGGACGAGCUGAGGCUUCGUUAUCUAGGCGAGCUUCACAAACCUUGGUCAGGGAUUGGACACGUGAUUAAGAUCCCUGACAAUUACGGGGAGGAGGUCGGGAUCGAAUUGAAGAAUAAUUCUGGUGCGCCGACGGAAUGCGUCAGUAACUUUGUCGUUGAUUUCAUUUGGAAAAGUACUAGCUUUGAUCGCAUGCAGUUAGCGUUGCGGAAGUUUGCUGUGGACGACACUUCCGUGUCCGGUUAUAUAUACCACAGAUUGUUGGGCCACGAGGUGGAAGAAGUCCUGUUCCGUUGCCACCUUCCCAAGCACUUCAGCGCCCCGAACUUGCCGGACUUGAAUCGUUCCCAGGUGUAUGCUGUGAAACACGCCGUGCAGAGACCCUUGUCCCUGAUCCAGGGACCACCUGGCACAGGAAAGACCGUGACCAGCGCCACGAUAGUCUACCAACUAGUGAAGCAAAACGGUGGCCCUGUGUUGGUGUGCGCUCCCUCGAACACGGCCGUAGACCAACUGACCGAGAAGAUACACAAGUCCAACUUGAAGGUCGUGAGACUUUGCGCAAAGUCGCGCGAGGCGAUCGACUCGCCCGUCAGUUUCCUUGCUCUUCAUAAUCAGAUCAAGAACAUGGAGACGAAUACCGAACUGCAGAAGCUGCAGCAGUUGAAGGACGAGACUGGAGAGUUGUCCAGCGUCGACGAGAAACGUUACAGGCUGUUGAAGAAGGCGGCGGAGAAGGAGUUGUUAGAGGCAGCCGACGUGAUUUGCUGCACCUGUGUCGGAGCUGGUGAUCCCAGGCUGCACAGGCUCAAGUUUCACUCGAUUCUCAUCGACGAGAGCAUGCAGGCAACCGAGCCCGAAUGCAUGGUACCAGUUGUUCUCGGAGCGAAGCAGUUGAUCCUCGUUGGCGAUCACUGUCAAUUAGGGCCAGUAGUCAUGUGCAAGAAAGCCGCCAGAGCAGGUUUGUCGCAGUCUCUGUUCGAAAGAUUGGUAGUACUUGGAAUCAGACCUUUCAGACUGGAAGUACAAUACCGUAUGCACCCGGAUCUCUCGCGUUUCCCCUCGAACUUCUUCUACGAAGGUUCUCUGCAGAACGGCGUGUGCGCGGACGAGAGGAAACUGUUGAAAAUCGACUUCCCCUGGCCGGCCCCCGACAAACCAAUGUUUUUCUACGUCACGCAGGGUCAAGAGGAGAUCGCUGGAAGCGGCACGUCGUACUUGAAUCGUACGGAGGCGUCGAAUGUGGAGAAGAUAGCAACGAGGUUCCUCCGUUGCGGAGUGAAGCCCGAACAGAUCGGAGUGAUUACUCCGUACGAGGGUCAGAGAGCCUAUCUGGUGCAAUACAUGCAGUAUCAGGGGUCCCUGCACUCGAAGUUGUACCAGGAGAUCGAAGUGGCCAGCGUCGACGCGUUCCAAGGCAGAGAGAAGGACAUAAUAAUCAUGUCUUGCGUCCGAUCGAACGAACACCAGGGCAUCGGAUUCCUGAACGAUCCCCGGCGAUUGAACGUGGCGUUGACCCGCGCUAAAUACGGUAUCAUAAUCGUAGGUAACCCGAAGGUGUUAUCGAAGCAACCUUUGUGGAAUCACCUGUUGAGCUUCUACAAGGAGCAGAAGGUUCUCGUCGAGGGGCCCCUCAACAAUCUCAAGGAGUCGAUGAUCCAGUUCGCGAAGCCAAAGAAACUCGUCAACGCCGCGAACCCGGGCUCCCACUUCAUGUCCACGUCGAUGUACGACGCGAGGGAAGCACUGAUCCCCGGCUCGGUGUACGACAGAUCAGGUACCCAGGUGAACGGAACGCAGAAUCACAAUCCGUAUUACCAAAGGAACGUGCCGUUGGACAUCUUCAGCAGGACCCACGACACCAUCAGCUACAUCAGCCCGGAGAGGGCCCAGGCCGCGAUGAACAACGUGCCGGUCCCUGUAGGGAUGUUCAUGAACAUGGCGCACGUGCCGCCGCGGUUCUACAACCAGCAUCAACAGGCCCUGCAAGCCAGACAGAAUCAGCGCAAUCGCCGAGGCACCACUCUGUCGAAGAACAAACAGGGGCCACGAAUGGGCAAGCUGAGCCAAACCGAGCAGAAUACCCAGCCGUACAGCCAGCCGGGAUUGCCAUUGACUCAAGGGACGACUCAGGGCAUGUCGCAGCCAGGUUUCAGCCUGUCCCAGCCUGGGCUGAGUCAGGCGGAGCUCUCCCAAGACUCGUUCGCCGUCGGGGAAUUUCAGUCGCAGAUGGACGGCCUGUUGUCGCAGGAUUCCACGUACCAGGGUGAUCGUAGCGGGUUCUAUCAAUCCGGGCAGUCGCAAGCCGGGGGACAGUUCUCCCAGCCAUAUUGAGCCGAGAUCGUAUGGCUGAGCAACGCAAUUGCUAUGCAGCGUCGCGGGAGCGACUGAAGGCUCGUUCGACCAAUUUUUCUUCGACCAACAACCACAAAAUCACUAACUGCGCAAAACGGUAAAACGGCUCGGCGAUCGAGUACAGUAUACGCACACGCAGUCGUCGGCGUUCUAAGAGGGUUUUAAAACAGACAGGCAAAUAAACAGAAAAAAAAAGAAAAAAAGAAAA